AAACUCUGUUUUUUUUUCUUUUAGCAAAAAAACGAACGAAUCAGUGUCGGCUCUCGGGUUCCGGAAAACACACACACACAGAAAAAAAACAUUGUACGUCGGAUCCAAAACGCGCUUUGCAUAAACGCUUUACUACUUCCGUGAAUCUUUCUGCUCCCGCCAUUGCUCGGAACUCGCGUCUUCGGGCAAUGUGCAGAAACUGAGUCAUCCUCCGAGUUAACAAACCGAAACUUGGAGGUUCAGACUAAUCCCAAGUUGGGUUUUGUGAGAAACCGCGUUUCCAAAAUGUUCAACUUCAAGCAAUGGUUGGUUCUUGUGGUAUGUUUGUUAGCAAUCUUUAAAGCAGAAGGAUUGUUUGUCAAUAUUACAUUUGUUAGAAACGCCGUCGCAAGAGGGGCCGUUUGUUUGGAUGGUAGUCCACCAGCUUAUCAUUUACACAGAGGUUCUGGAACUGGAAUCAACAGCUGGUUGAUACAGCUUGAGGGAGGAGGAUGGUGUAAUAAUGUAACAAACUGCCUUAGUCGGAUGCAUACUCGAUUAGGUUCAUCCAAGAAAAUGGUGGAGAAUCUUGCCUUCUCAGCUAUUCUUAGCAAUAAGAAACAAUAUAAUCCUGAUUUUUACAAUUGGAAUAGAGUGAAAGUUAGAUACUGUGACGGGUCAUCAUUCACAGGAGAUGUGCAAGCAGUGAACCCAGCUACUAAUCUUCACUUCAGAGGUGCUCGAGUUUGGCUAGCCGUUAUGCAGGAGUUGUUAGCUAAAGGCAUGAGAAACGCCGAGAACGCUGUUUUGUCUGGGUGUUCUGCUGGCGGGUUAGCUUCCCUGAUGCAUUGUGACAGUUUCCGUGCCCUAUUACCGAUGGGCACCAAAGUCAAAUGUCUUUCAGAUGCUGGUUUCUUUCUCAAUACAAUAGAUGUCUCAGGAGCUCAAUACAUUAAAUCAUACUUCAAAGAUGUGGUUACUCUGCAUGGAUCAGCAAAGAACUUGCCGAGGUCAUGCACAUCAAGAUUGACCCCUGCAAUGUGCUUCUUCCCGCAAUACGUAGCUCGCCAGAUUAGAACUCCUGUAUUCAUUCUUAAUGCCGCAUACGACUCUUGGCAGAUAAAGAACAUUUUGGCUCCCCGUGCUGCUGAUCCUUAUGGAAAAUGGCAAAGUUGUCAACUUGACAUCAAGAAUUGCCAACCAAACCAGCUGAAAGUUAUGCAAGAUUUCAGGUUAGAGUUCUUGAGUGCGGUGAUAGGUCUAGGUAGAUCUUCAUCAAGAGGGAUGUUCAUAGACUCUUGUUACACUCACUGCCAAACCGAGACACAAACUUCAUGGUUCUGGCAAGAUUCUCCAAUUCUAAACCGAACGACAAUAGCAAAGGCUGUUGGAGAUUGGGUUUAUGACAGAAAAUUGUUUCAGAAGAUAGAUUGUCCUUAUCCUUGUAACCCUACUUGCCACCACAGGGUUUUCACUCCUCAAGAUGCUCCUCCAAUUUAAUAAUACAUAUAGAUUUACUAUUCUUUAAAAAAAGAAAAAAAAAUACUUAUAAAUGACUCAUUUGUCAUAUUAUAGUGAAAUAUUUGUAGGGUUAAGCUAUAGAAAAAGAAAAAGUGGUGAUUGAUUCUUGAUUGUUGAGAAUACGCAAAAGGAGUAAUUUUCUUCAGCACAUGUGUGUGUGCUAAAGUUGCUCUGUUUUCUCUUCCAUUCUUAUUCUUAUGUAAAAUGCAAAUUUGUUACUUGUAUUCGAAUAAAUAAAGUAUAUUCUUUUCAUAACUCAA